CUUUCAACGACCAGCCAUUCACCCACCCCAACCAAGAAACUUGCGAUGGCACAGGUAUGGUGAUGAUGUUUGUCUCAUAAGAAUGAUCUUUAAUGUAACUCAAAAUUCAAAAGUAUCUAUAUUCAAAUUCAAAUAUAAAAAAGAGCACUAAAUGCAGGACACCUAUUACCCCUCAAAUCCUUACAAUAAAAAAAGAACCGAAAUAUUUAUAAAAAACUUUGGUCCAGAAUCUGUCUUAGAUUUUUCUGCCGUGGUUGACAGUCUACUUUGAAAUAGUACAAUUCGAUGGCUGUUCAAUCAGAAGUGUCAAUAGAGACUUUUUGACGCAAUAUUCUGAUGACAUAUUUCUGUGUUUGAUAAAUAAUAUUAAAAUUGUCCUACGUUCAAAUAGUUAAAGUUUAAAAUUCAUAACUUAAACUCAAUGUCUUCACGAUCCCAUUUUUUUGGGGGGGUAGAAAAUGAACAACAUGAACAUUGAUAAAUAUUAUGUGGCUUCAAAAUAAUCAAACGAAAGUUAUGUUUUUUUGGAUUAUUAAUCCGGGGAUCUUAUCUUAUUGUUGUAAAUGUUGUUUAUUUUUUUUUAAUUUUUAAAAUUUUUUUUACAAACUUAUGUGUUGGGAAACAAUAAAUUAUUAUUUAAAUUAUUCAUGGGCAGAAAAAAAGUAAACUACACCGCAUUCUCAAUAAGUUGUUGACGUCACGUGAUUGAAAGAAAGAUGGCCGCCACCUUGAAAACCUGUGUCUUCACAGUGGUGAAGAACACUACAGCACAACAAGGAAUAAGUAAAUUUAUAAAUUACGUAAGUUAAGAAACGUUAAUAUCCUAGUAGGUUUCAUGGAUGGGGGAAAAGGAAAGGGAAAUAUUUUGGGAAUUACACGGGCGUGAUCAGAAUAGCUCAGUGGUCGGCAUUAGUUAGUCAUUAGUCAAAAGAGCCAAAAAUCAGCAGUUGACAGCAGCAGGAAGAUUUUUAAAAAAAUCAAGAGCUAUAAUUCUUUUCAAGAACCUGCCAAGAACCAUGUUUUUUGGUGUCAAAACCGAUUUGUGGCCGAACCGCACUCAAGCUGCUAAAGAGCCGCAUUGGGCUCGAGAGCUGCAAUUUGCCGACCACUGAUAUAGCCCAUGGGGGUGAAAGGGGGAUUUUUCAAUAAAUACAUAGUACAUAGUAACACAGACAUAAUGUAGUGAUAGUUCUAACAAAAAACCGAUACUACCAGACCACUAUUUAUAGUUUAUAGUAGGUACUUUGAUAAAAAAAAAAUUUGGGGGUAAAAAUUAACCAAUGGCAGUUGAAUAGAACUGAUUUUUUACAGAAUUAUAAAAAAACACUAAGACUCAAGACUAAGUCAUAUUUUUAGCUAUUCGGAUUCGAAUCCAGCUACCAGAAGUGAGAGGUUGGGAUUAAAAAAAUGUUUAAAAUAUUAUUUUUGGGUUUGUAAGAUAAAAUUUGGUAUGGAAUGAAAGAUAAUUGAAUGGACAAUGUGUUUGUAAACUUUAUUCUUCAGUUUAACUAAAAUAAACUACCACAAAUGACAUCCAAAUAUAGUAGGCACUUCACUAAGCUGCGCGCGCCGGUCGAUUUUUCGGAUGCGAGAAACAGACCAUUAACCGGCGACCGGUCAAUGCCGGUAGGUCACAGGGUCAUGUUUAGAUUUCGUUUCUUUGUCUAUGUAAGGGAGAGACAAUGAACUUCCUAUAGUCUAUUUUGUGCCCACGAGGAGGACGAUCAUUACAAAAUAAACUUUUUCACCGGACUGACAGGGCUUGUGGCAGAUAUCUUUCGUUGGGAAAACAGGUAAUUUUGCUAGCGCUAUAUUUCGGAAACCAUUAUCGUAUUGCAAUUAAUUCCUUUUGUAUUGAAUGUUAAAGUGAUUUAACUAAUUGAAACAAGAAACAUAUUGACAUUUAGAUAGGCCGUAAAUUGUAUAAACAGGGCGUUCGGGCGUAAAUUUGAGCAAUAGCUCCUGACCAGUUAUCGAUAAGGCCAAAUGCACCGGAAGUGAUAACCAUUCUCUGUUAUUAUUAUUCUUAUUGCAUAAGAAGUAUUUACAAAUCUUUAUAAAUCUAUUGUUUUUAAAAGCAAUCCAGUUCAUUUUUAUUAUUAAACUCGUUUUUAUUUCAUGAAUGAAAACAAAUUUAUAAAUAUUUAUGAAAUUUCAUUUUGUAAAAUAAUAAAAUUUACAUCCGUGAUAACCAUGUCAAAACUAUAUGAUAUAUCAACUUGAAUUAUUUAAAUAUAUGUUGUAAUUGUAAUAAUUAUCAAACUUCACAACAGUGAAUUAUAUAAUUGGAAAUUAAAUAAUGCCCUUACUGAUAUAAUUUAUCUUAAACCCAGAUUAGAUACGGUAAACAAUGAAUAGUUGUUGUAGUAAUAGGCUCAGCAGCUACUAAACUAAAUACUAAAUGUCAUCACCUAUUUCGAUUAAAUUUCAUUAUUUUAUUUACCUUUGUAUUCUAAAUAACCUAUCUCUCUUUUUUUUCCUUUUGUAUACCCUAUUUUUUUUUAAAAUGUAUAUUCCUUUCUUGCCUCUAAACUCUACCGCUUUAGCUCAAAGCUAUUAUAUUUGACUUUUCAGACUUAGCCCAAUCUUUACUUUGUAUAUGAAAAAUGUUGUUAAAAUUUCUUAAAUUCCUCAGCAUUUUCUUUCUUUUAAAUACACAGCCUUUUUCAGCCAUUGCAGCCAAUUGAUAGACGAGCUGUCUUAAGGACCCAUCAAGACUACCAGACUUUUUUACAUAAGUAAAUUUAUAUCUGUUAAAGCUCCUUAAUGACUUAAUGGAUAUGAAAUACAAACUACUUGACUUAAUCUGAAUAAAAGUAAUGUUAGAACAUCACAGUAUAAUAUCUAUACAUACUGGAUAUACAGCAUAAGUAAAAUAACCAUUGUCUUAAUUAAUGAAUAAUUUAAUUACAACAUUAUUAAACUACUGAAUUACACAAUCUUAAAUUAAAGACAUAUAUAUAUUAAAUAAGGUACCUUAUGUUAAAUUGCUUAUUUUGUGUUUAAUUAAAUCGAUUUUCAAUCUCUAUUUCAGUUUGUCUGGACUACUAGACCACAUUGAAUUACAAGGAGUUUGUGUUGCGAUGAAGCGGAAAUAAUGCUUCUUCUGCUUAGAGGUAUUGACUUCCCAGCUGUGCCAAGUGUUGCUUCAGCAAAACAUCUCUAGAUACGUCUUUGGAAUAUUGGUUUCUAAUACCAAAAUGUGUCUGCACGUACAAUUUCACUUAAAUUGUUGUACCAGUCUUUCCUGUUUUAACAAAAACCUAUCAGUUGUGACUGCAUGUCCAACUGGACAAUCCACCAGAGCAUUAUCUUAACAGCUAUUGAUAUUUUUCACCAACUACCGCAUUUAUAUGGCAAUUUAUACACUCAGGACUCCUAUUUAUCAUCAUGAUGGGUGGAAGCAACAAUAUUGACAUAAAGUAAACCAUUGCGGAAAACCAUUCAUUACCAAUGGUAUCUACACUCGGGACUCCAUUCAUCUGUGUCAUAAACUGAAUCAUUACCAAUAACUGUUACAAAUUGGACUCGGCCAACACAUAACUUGUGACCAUCAUCUUUCUAUGAAAGAAAAUAUAUCUCUUUUAUUCAGCUUUUCAAUGAACUAUAGACAAUAGAAGUACUAAAAUAAUAUUAAGUGAUCAUCAUUUGUACUGUGGAUUUGAAAUAGCAUGGCUACUUGGAUAUCAAUUUCAUGGAUUGGAUCAUGGAUGAUUGGAUUUUGAUAUAUGUGAUCAGCAUUUUUUCAAUGCUAUUUAUCCAUUAUAAUACAUUAUUUUAUAAAUCUUUUCUGUGGAAUUAUUCACAGAAUUAAUAUUAAUUUACUAGAUGAUUGUGUGCAUUAACACAAUAGGUGGAAUUGGUAACAUUUAUGCAAUUUGUAUUUUUAAUGCACAAACAGGCUAAAUUUUAGAAUUAAAUCUACUCACUCUCUGUUGCUCAAAUGCCACUGAUUUAAUUCAUUUAUUGAUAUAUUAAUAUUUAAAUGGCUUAUUAUAAAAGCCCAAUGCCUAAUGAAACUAUGCUGAAAAUUUGAAGGCUUUAACUUUGCAGGUAAAAUAGUUAAGCCAUUUUGAGUAUUGAGAACGGGCGCUCCAUCUGUAAUGAAAUUUACUUACCUGCUGUUGUUCAAAUCCCGCGCAUUAAUACAUUAGUCAAAAUAUUAAUAUGAAAAUGCCUAAUUAUACAAGCCCAAUACCUAAUAAAACUGUUCUGAAAAUAUGAAGACUUUAACUUUACAGAUAAAAAAGUUAUGGCAUUUUGAGUAUUGGGAGCAGGCGCUACAUUUUUAAUGAAAUUUACUUACCCUCUGUUGUUCAAAUCCAGGGCAUUAAUACAUUAGUCUAAAUAUUAAUAAGAAAGUGGCUUAUUAUAAAAGCCCAAUACCUACUUAAAUUAUGCUGAAAAUAUGAAGACUUUAACUUUACAGAUAAAAAAGUUAUGGCAUUUUGAGUAUUGAGAGCAGGCGCUAUGUUUUUAAUGAAAUUUACGUACCCUCUGUUCGUCAAAUCGCACACAUUAAUAUGUUUAUUGUAUUAUUUGCAUAACAAUGAUUUAUUAUUAAAGCCAAAAACUUAAUUGAAAUGCGUUGCAAGUUUCAAAGCUUUAACUUUGCUGAAUAAAAAGUUAUCGCAUUUUGAGUGUCAAAGAUGUCUUUUUUCGGUCACAGAAUUUUGGAAAAUAUUUACUAAGGCUAUAUAAGGAAAAAUUCUGACACUAAAAAUGCGAUAACUUUUGUUCUACUUAAGAUAGAAAGAUAAAAUAGGUAUCAAUGGAAAGGAAAUACUGAGUCCUUUCUAAUGAUAUAAGUUUCAUUAAUAUAUAACAACUUUGAAAUUUUUAGUGUAGUACCUAAAUAUAGUAUUUAGUCAAAAUGGAUCCGGACAGGCAUUGCGGCUAUUCGGACACGCAUCGCUGCUAUUUGGACCCAGGUGUCUGAGGAGAAUUGUGAAUAUGUUCCAUGAGCUAGCGCAAUGAAAUUUUGCACACCUACACCUCAAUAACUUACACAGGCCUACUUUUAAUAUGAAAGACCUACUUUGAAUAUUUCAACCAAAUAUUUUAAUGCAAAGAUGCCUUACAUUAACAUACGAUUUUCCUCAUUUAAAGUUGAAAUAAAGAACAAAAAACUCAAUGGGAAUGUAGGCCAACAUUUCUCCUAAUGUGAUUGGGUGUAGUAAGACCUUAAUUAUGGGCCAAUAGGUCUCCUUUAUUUUUAAAAUUGCACGCACAUAAAAAAAUUAAAAACUCCCAUUCAACAUUGUGCCGAAGGCAAUUUCCGAUACAAAUUUUCUAGGAGUGUCCCUUGCUUUACAGAAGUACCUACUAUUUGUACCUAGAAAAGAUUGAGAGGUUGGGUUUAUUAAAAAUUUUUUUUAAUAUUUCUUCUGUUGGGCCUUUAAGACAAAAUUUGGUAUCAAAUUAAAAAUAAUUGAAUGGACUAUAUGUUUGUAAACUUACUUCUUCAGCUUAACUAAAAUAAACUACCAUAAAUGACAUCUGAAUAGCCAUUUAGUUUAAAGGAGCCUGAAUAGCUGCAGCCAUUACUUAAAGCCGACAUCUUGCUUGUUCUAUUGAGAAUUCAUUUGAUUUUUCUUUCGAGAUUAAAGCUUUGAAAAUUUAAUUUAAAAAUAGGUUAAUUUCAUUAAUCAAUCAAUUUUUUUUAAAAGCCCUCCAUUGAUGAAAAAAGCCGCUCAUUAAUUUUAUUUGUUCAUUUAUAACACAUCCAAAAUUCAUGAGUGUAGGCUAUAGGUAGGCGUCACAAACGAAAAUCAAAGAGGUCAUUUUUUUUUUAGGCUAUGUAAUUUAUCAUCAUGGCCACAGUGCUUGUCUGCUUAUUACCAAUUAUUAAUAGCAGCCGUGGGGUAGUUAAUAAUGCAUUAAAUAGGUUAUACAGAAUAUAAAUGGGAAAUACAACUAUCAAUACAUCAUUUUAAAAAUAUUUAAAAACAUUUUUUUAUAAAAUAAAUAAUUUUAUUUGCUUAUGCCAUGAAAUAUCAGUGGUUUUAAUUUAGGGGUUGGUUGCCAUGGACUUUGAAUUGAUAACCAUUUGUCUUUGACUUAAAACUUAGGCUGGCUUAGUAAAAGUAUUAUUAUAAUAAUAGUAAUAAUACUAUUAUAAAUGAUUUGUGGAGUGGGAUAUAAUCAUCAUCAGUGGCACUAUAGUCCAUGUAGGGCCCAGGCCUGCUCUACCACAUCCUUCCAUUCAGAUCGAUCCAUGGCUUUCUGCCUGUAUGCGGUAACCCCCAACUGGUAUAAUUUCUUCUCUCCAUCUCAGUCUUGGACGACCAGUGAGCUGUCUGCCCCUAGGCUUCUGCCUGUAUAUCACUUUUGCUAAUCUACAAUGUGGCAUCCUUUUAAUAUGUUCUGGCCAGCGCAGUCUGCCUUUUUUUAUUCUUGCGACUAUGGGUGGGUCUUUGGGGAUAAAUACCUUUCAUUACAACUAAUAUAUUUAUAUUAGUUUAUAUUAGAUUAUAUAUAUAUAUAUAUUAUAUAUAUGUGUUUAUAUGUAUAUAUAUGUAUAUAUGGCCUAUAAACCUAGUAUAGUAUAUAGUAUAGGCCUACCCCCAACCCAAUUCGUUAUUGUAGGGCCCAUUAUACUAAAUUGUAUGUAAUAAAAUUUUACGCUAUAUAAUCACAUUUUAAUGGAUUUUAUAAUUCUGAAUUACCUCUAGCAAAUGACUAGAAAUUAUUUUAAUUUUUAUCAACGGCCAUAGAUGAUUCUAACAAUUCAUGUUGAUUUGUGAAACAAAUAUAUGAUGCAAAAGACGAGGAAGAAUAAUAUGAAAUACCUAUAUUUUGAACUUUUUCACAUUUUUGUGGGGAAAGAUACCUUAUAUAUAUCCUAAUUUGUUAUAUUGGGAUAAACUGAAAAGGCAAAAAAUUAUCAUAGAAAUGUAGAUCCACUACUGUAAACAUGUGGAUAAAUACCAAAAUUUUAUGACUAAAUAGUCCUUUGAUCAAUGAAAAAGUACCAAUGUCCUAAAAUAAAAAAUCAGAUUCUUCUGCACCAAUUCCCAUUUCCCAUGCCUGGCAACAUAAAAUAUAAAAAAAAUUUCUGAUGUAGAUGUUUGUAGCUAAUUUUAUAUAAAUAUUUUGCAAUUUCUUUUCAUUAAAAAAAACAACUUUAUAUCUGAUUUUAAUUUUUUUGUUUUUGCAUAUUUUUUUUUUCAUUCUUUCCUCCUGAACUUAAAAGUUGGCAGCUUCCAUGCAAAACUAUAACCAGGUGUGUGAAUUUAUCAAAAUUGUUCUGGGAAUAGAUGUAAAGAGUGGCCUCUACAGAACCCUCUACCCUUCUGUCCUUAUUUCUGCUUCCCUCCACCCCUGAUCAAAAUUAAAGUACCAACACCUUGUUUUCUACAAAAGAGUGCUUCCCCUCCCAUCUCUCAACACCUGUUUCUCAAUUUCAAGGUAUAUUUUUGGUUGUGGGUCGAGAUAUUUGACAAAUAUUAUAAAGCGGACACGGCAAUUAAAAUGGUUGAGAAUCGCUGGUUUAGGAUUUUAUUAUUAAGCUAUUAGUGUUUCGAAUCCUUCAACUUUGAUCCCUUCCUUGUUGUUAUGGGGUAAUAAGAGGAGAGACUGCAAUGAGGUUAGCACAAUAUAAAAUGAGUAAAACAGAGAUUAUUAUUAAGCUAUUAGUGUUUCGAAUCCUUCAACUUUGAUCCCUUCCUUGUUGUUAUGGGGUAAUAAGAGGAGAGACUGCAAUGGGGUUAGCACAAUAUAAAAUGAGUAAAACAGAGAAGGGUUAAACCUGAAAAAAGGAACGCAGCCAAACAACGAACGUGUCGGCAGGAAGCCUUCAUCAGCGAACAAAGCAACAGAAAAAACAGUAUAAAAAUGAAACAUAGCACUUCGCUUAGAGGAAGUAUCCGUGGGCAGCAAAAGAAUUGUGACAGAAAGUUAGUGAGUGAGAGAUUAAAUAAGAAGAGGGAAAGAAAAGAGGAGAAGUAAGUUUACUGCGAUAGAUCAGGACUUGGAGGGGCGGAGCUAGGUUCAAGCUGUUAAAUGAGACAUGACGUCAUACCAUGUGGCGUCAAUGUGCCAUAAGUCAAGAUAAGCCUGUGUUCCAAAUUCACCCGGCUGGGUGUGUUUGUGCUAGCCACGUUCGCACUUAUUGAAAAGUCUGUCUUGCCUUGGUGGUCGCUACUAUUGAUGUGUUUGUUUUUUAUUUUUAUACUGUUUUUUUUUCUGUUGUUUAGUUCGCUGACGAAGGCUUCCUGCCAACACGUUCGUUGUUUUGUUGCGUUCCUUUUUUCAGGUUUAACCCUACUCUACUUUUUCUUGUCGUUAUGGUUCUAUACAUGCACUCUUUACUUCUCCCCUUUGGGAGGAACACAUUAUAGAAAAUGGGUGUAAAAAAUAGCACCUGCCACAGCCUUUUGAAAAAAUAUAGUGAUGAGCGAGUUUUUCACAUGAAGAAUUAAUUUUGUUGCACUAAUUUCCAGUUGUGCAUGUCAUUAUAUAUAUAUAUCUUUGGAUAUACACAAAUAUGACCUGAGUCAUGGCAGAUAUACAAAACUCAGGCAGAGUGCAAAAAUAUAAAUGAAAAUACAAUCAGUUAAAAAGGUAAUGUCAAAAACAAUUUAACUUAAAAACGUAUUGUCUAAAAAAAAAAUGAAAUGCUUUUAACAUAGUUUUUGUUAAUUGCAGCUGACUGCUAAUGCUCCAUCUCGAUUACUGCACCAAGAUCAGACACAUCAACAGGCAUCUGUAAGUACUUAAAUUGUAGUAACUUGAAAAAGAUAAAAAAAUUUGAAUGAAGGAUGUAGCCUGUCUUGAUUAUGUACUUGGCUAGGUUAAAAAAUAUUUAAGAAACAUAGAAGUGUGAUAACUAGAUUUCCCCUUAACAUGGUAAUUUUCAGUUAACUUAAAGCUUUCUUCUGUGCUAUGAAUACACAUUAAAUCAAGGUAACUCAUCCUCAAAGGUAUGCAACUAUGAUAAUGGAAGCAUUCAAACAUGAACCCCUGAGUUACUAUCAGGGAACUUUCCUAACAUGUUAAAUAAGCCAAGGUUUUUAAAAUGUUUUAGGGUCAGAAGUGUCGGGCAUGAGGGGUAUAGUGGUUUGUCUAAAGUUAAGAGCAGGGUGAGCUCUCAAUGUGGAGUGUUGUAGGGUGACAACAGUGGAGAAAAAUGUAGUGUUGUAACCCAGUGGUUAGAGUGAGUAUCCCGAUAGGAGUUAAUCUCUACAAGACCUAGUGUUAUCAUGGGUACACAACUAUUUUGAAUGCAUGGAAUGAAGACAAUUUCAAGUUACCUUCAGACUAAAUGGCAUAAUUUUUUUUUAUGGGUUAAAAAUAAAUUGAAUGUACAUUAAUUUUUUUAAAAAUCUUUAAUAGGUGUUUUAAAAAUACUAUUCAUUAUCAUAUAUGUUCCAUUUAUCAUCUAUGUUUAAGCAAUUAUUUCAACUUCCCUAUUUCAUUCGCAUAAAAUAAGGUGUCAUCCAUGAAAGUAGGAUUUUUACAAUUUUUUAAAAAAAAUUUCACUGCUAAUCCAUUAUUAUGCUCUUUUGGAUUCCUUAUUUUCAGAUAACUAAGACAAUUUACAUCCCCUUAGGACUUUUUCAUUUAAAUAGUUAGCCUGCUUUGAUUUUAUGGAGCUAAUUCCUCUAGGAAGAACAUUAUUAGAGAUAUAGGGAAAAAAAAAAUAGCUACAUUUUAGGAAAUUCUUCAUCCACCCCCACAAGUUAUAAGACAUGGGAAGAGCUGACCAACUAUUAAUUUGACAGCUUCUGCAAUAAGAGAGUGUCUUUUAGUCGCAGUGAAUUAUGUCUUGCCCUUUAAAAAAAUAUCUUACCGCAUGGCCAGCAUGAGUCAAGUUGUUGACUUCAGCUUUAUGCAUUGACUUCAUGAGAACUAGUUUAAAAGUUUCAGAGAAAGAGGAUCCAUCAAAGUUCACUCAGCACACACAAACACGCCUCAAAUGUAUAUAAAUCUGUUUCAUCCUCUGUAGUCUCUGCAACCUGAGCCUCUAACUUGUGUAUGAUUAGCCCCCUUGGAUAUGUAAUGGAAACUAUGUGCCCACAAAUUGUCAAUUUUAGCGUGAGGAUAGUGAGAAUUGUUUUUUUUUUUUUUUUUUUUUUUAAUUAUCCAUGAAAACCUUCCUCACCCUUAAGAUAAAUAAUCAAUUCAUUGGACCCUAGUUAAGAGUGUCCCCGUUAACAGUUAAAUGUUAAGUGAAAUUAUUAAUUAUUGGACUGUGAAAUUAUUAAUUAUUGGACUGUGAAAUUAUUAAUUUUUGGACUGAAAUUAUUUAUUUUUGGACUGAAAUUAUUAAUUUUUGGACUGUGAAAUUAUUAAUUUUUGGACUGUGAAAUUAUUAAUUUUUGGACUGUGAAAUUAUUAAUUUUUGGACUGAAAUUAUUUAUUUUUGGACUAAGAUCAAUAAUACACAGUGACUGAUUGGUUUUUGUUAGAGGGGGGGAGGGGGAGUUGUUUGGCUUUUUUUUAUUUUAUUUUUUUUAUUUUUGGCCUUUCUUUUUUUUAUUGUUUUUUUUUUUUAUUUAAUAUUUUAUCUUGCCUCCCUUUGUUGCUUCCUUAUUUCUAGGCCCAUGCUCAAGGAUUUGUUUUGUUUUUUUUUUUUUUAUUUUUUUUAUUUUUUGUCUUUCUUUUUUUUAUUGUUUUUUUUUUUUAAUUAAUAUUUUAUCUUGCCUCCCUUUGUUGCUUCCUUAUUUCUAGGCCCAUGCUCAAGGAAAGGUACUAUACAGCUUUAUAUUUAUAUUAUAAUGACAUUAAAUAUUUAGAUGUUUAUCAUUAUGUUGCAUGUUCUGUUGUAUUCCUUCUUUUGAAUUUCGUAGAUUGGAUUAAACAUUUUUUUACUUUAUAUAGGAAAACUUUGUUAGAAAUGCUUGCGUAUUAUAUGUCACUGAUGAGUUGCUUCUAAGCAAAACUAACAACAGAAUAUAUUGAUAACUUAGCUUUUAAUGUGGCCAUGUUCCCUCUUAGUUUGCAUCUGCAAGAUUUUAUGACUUGUGCACAUAUUUGUGUUCAUUGAAGUGAAAAAAAAAAAAAGCCAUCUACAGGCAGGACGAGAAUCUAUGAAAUAUACUGCAUCGCAAUGCUGCUUGCAAAGUUUUUUUUUAUUCAGUUAUUUAUUAAAAAUUGAUAAUGUAUUUAAGAAAAAUUCGAUCACUUUUAAAAUUGCUGUACUUGUCAUCUGCACAGGUUUAUGCAACAAAGGGGGAACACUCGGCCAUUAAUUUUUUAAAGAAAUAUCAUGAGUGUCAAGUUUCACAAUCCUUUUCUUGUAAAUUUUGAUGUUUUUUUUUAGCUAAUUGAAUAAUCAAGACAAAAUUGUUCUUUUUUUUAUUAUUAUUAUUACUAUUUAACCUUUGAAAACAAUAACCAGGGUUUCAGUCAAACCUUUUUUUUUUUUUUACAUUAGAGUCAUGAGAGUGUAAUAGUUUGUUUGCCUUAAUUUCACCUUCUGAGAGCAUUAUUUUUAAAAGCACUCUGCUUAGGCUUUAUCAUUUAACUUAUAUAAUUUCCUCUUCUAGUAUCUGGCAGCCAGAAAUCCAUUCACGGUCUCAAAUCCUCUAAAUCAGCGGGUCUCAAAUCCUCUAAAUCAGCGGAUCCCAAACUUGAUCAACAACAAUCAGACUAAAGAAAAAAUCCAAAAGAUAUGUACCAUUACCCUGUUUUAUUUAAACUGUGAUCUCAACACUGCAUGAUGCAUUAUCAUUUUAAUCUGAAAUUUGCGUUUGUUUGGUGCGUCCAAAACUUAUUCUUAUGAGCAAUAAAAAAAAAUAUAUAACAAAUUUGGAUUAAAUCUACACUCCAUAAUCAACAAACAACUUUGUCAUAUCUACAAUUUGAUAAAAUUGUUAAAAUUAUCUGACUCUGGACAAAAUUAAUAAUGCAUGGAACAAGGAGGCUGAAACAUGUUCCAUACUUGCUGAAACCAUGGUGUUAUCUAGAAAUCGUUAACAUCAUAUAACCUUUUCUGUUGAUCCAAUCUCUGAUUUUUUUUCUAACAUUACUAUGUAGAGUAGGUCAACUGUGUUUUGUGAGAAAUCGCUUUACAACCUCUAACAUUUUAAGCUAUUUGUCCCUCAAAUGUUAUAUUAUUUGUUUCCGGAAAAGGGGUGGGGGGGCUUUGUUACCUUGCAGUACUUCAGAAAAUGUGACUCUCUAGCAGAACACAUAAUAUUAUUUGAAUGAAAUCGUACCUAGUAUGCACCUCUCUCUUUUUAUUUAUUUUUAUUUCUGAUUACACCACUGCCUGCUGUCAAACCAUAUGUAUUAUAUGUUUUACUACAUGUUAAGCUACAGUUUUACCUUAUUUUAUCUCUCACCCCCCUAAAUACGUAUAUUUAGUUAUAUUACUAGAUCUUAUGCUACAAUAUCAUUUGAUCUGGCCGUAUGAGUAGUUUUACAUUUUCUUUUAAUUUGAUUUUUUCUGUAAAAGAUACAAUUUUGAGAUAUGUUUCUAAGGCAGGGGUCCUCAAAAUUUUUAAACCACAGCCAAGUCAGUGUCCCUCAGACACUUUUGAAAGCCAACGUAUAGUUUUAAAACAAAAAUGAAUUGCACACUGCAUAUAUCUUAUUUGUAGUUUAAAAAAUAACGUAAAAAACCAUAAUAUAUUUAAAGUGUAGAGAAAAAUCUAUCCAACACGAACUUAAUAGCAUGUCAAAGGGGAAGUAUGGCUAAAGAGAUGAUCAAUGCCUGAUCCCAUAUUUGUCACUGCUAGCCAGGUACCCUUUUGGCGGCAAGGGGGACAGGAUUAUAAACCCCUUUUUUGUGCAGAUUGUGGCCCAGUUUGAAGACCCCUGCUAAUUCAUGUCUCAUGUAUAUUUAGAAAAUAUUAAAAUUUUCACUUUAAAAAAGGCCAAGUGGAAAAAAAUUAUUUUAUUAAAAUAACAAAUCUUAAAUGGUUGUAAAACAAUCCUUGAUGAACCGUAUGUGUUACAAUUUAAAUCAUAAUAUCCUGUGUUGUGAUCAAAUCAUCUGAUAGUGUCAUUUUAAAAAAAAAAAAGUAUUUUAAAAAUAUCUUAGUUUUUGUGCAGUUCUCUUUAUUCCCAAAUACGUUUUUAAAUUUAUCUAUGGAGCUUACAGGUUUGUAAUAUUAUUGACAUAACUGCACCUUGUAACUGAGGUAUGUGUGAGCUGUGUACAGUUCUUUAUUUCUAGUCAGCCCGUUUCUUUGGUUUCGGUCAGCCACCUGCUACUAUUCAUAUUAAAUACCAUAUUUCACACCCCUUAUUAUGCUAUAUGUUCUUGCUUUGGGGGACCAUGCUCACCCGGUGUCCUUUUAGAUUUCGUCCUUUUAGAGCCCUUAGCAGUGUUUAGUUGAACAGACUGCAGGUUAUAAUACUUGCUGGUAUGUAAACAUGUUUGUAUUGGACUGGUUGGUUCUUGACUUGGAAACAUGUGCAGGAAUCAAAAACAAAUCACAGUGUCUCGGGUCCACACUCACACUAGACAUGGAAAUUAACACCAAAAAAAUCCUAGUAUCUCUUUUAAAAUCCUUUGUAUCAACUUCACUAGUGUGUUUGUGGCUAAAUCUUCAGGUCGCUAUUUGACCCACUUCCUGUCAUCCUAUCGAACUGAAUCUUUGCGCAUAGACAUGCUGCAGACGACAACACAUUCUGUCAUAUUUUCAGACCCACCUACAACCCCCUCCCCCCAAAAUCUAUUUUUCAAGGGGAAAGAUCAAUGUAAUAUGAUUUGUUCAAGGGAUGCAUGUUUUGUUUUGGAUAUUAAUUGUGUAGGUGUUGCAAUGUGCUCUGCAUUUGUGACACAUUUGGGUUUAUAUAUAUCUUUGGUCUAUUUUGGUUUUCCUUGCACUAAGCUUGAUAAAACCGAUUUCCAUACCAAACAUCGCGUUUCUAAAUGAUAAAUAACGUGCAAUGACAUAAAUGCGAACUAAAACGUAUAUAAAGGAUUUAUACGUAAAAACUUUGCUAUUAGGCAGUUGUUUAAUUGCGUGUCUAAAACUAUGAGCUUGAAAAUUCAUGGCUGUUAAAUUUGUGUACUUUUAUGAAGAGAAACUUUAAUUUCCCCCUGCAGGAGAUAUAUAACAGCCUAAUACAGUUUAUAUUUUAUUGGCUUAUGCAUUAUCAAGCAAAUUAAAUGCUCCGUAGAUGUGUUUGGACAAGAAAAACACAUUUUUGGGUAAAUCUUUGUCUUACAUAAGUAAUCUCACAACAUAAAAGCUGCAAAUAUAAUCAUGUGCUCAAAUAAAUUUUUUCAUGUUCCAAAAAAGACAACAAGGGAAAACGUCAUCGCAACAGCCUCUCAGUCCCCGCACCCCCCCCCCCCCCAAACCCCCAGCACCCCAACAACCCCCCCAAACCCCUAGUAUCCACAACAGCCCCCUCUUCAUGAAACGGUUUUUACUUUUGUAUGCUUCUGUUUGCUUUCAUCACACUAAGAUUGCUGAGCCCAUAUCUCGGCCCUCUGGCAGACACAUGGUGACCCUGGUGCCAGGAGAUGGGGUGGGGCCUGAAAUCAUGGCAGGAGUUCAGGAGGUGUUCAAAGCGGCCGGUGUGCCUGUUGAUUUUGAGGAGAAGUUCAUAAGGUGGGUCUACACGUUGAAAGGGUGAUACCAUUUUAGGCAAACAUCUGGCAGGCUGCAGCUUAUUGCUGGUAAUGGAAUCCUAGGUUUUUUUGUUUGCACGCUUGUGUCUUGGCCUGUUAAAUGUGUUUAUCAUGAUCAUCCAAUGGGGCGCCUUAUCUGUUCUUUGAUUUUUCAGUGAGAUCUCCCCAAACACCAGCUCCACUCUGAUGGAUGUGGUGGAGUCGUUCAAGCGUAACAAAGUCGGCCUGAAGGGCAUUAUAACAACACCCACAUUUUUCAAAGGAGGAGUGCUGCAGACGUUGAACAUGAGGAUAAGGUUUGGUCCAUUUCUCACACGCUGUGUCACACCCUAAUUUAGUAUGUGGUUUUACGGUGCUCUAGUUGACUCACAUUUGUUUGCUGGCAUAGUUUUAGUGUAUUUUAAAUGUAGGUCUAACAAUACUAAGAUUUAGUGUGCCAAGGCAGUUGUGUCUGUGUUAAAGGAGGAUGUGUCUCUUUGUUUGUCGUCACCAUGUAUUUUAGAUUUAGGUCUAAAAUUUAGCAUGCCAAGACAGUUGUGUCUGUGUGGGAGAAGGAUGUGUCUGUGUGGGAGAAGGAUGUGUCUCUUUGUUGUCCUCACCAUGUAUUUUAGAUUUAGCUCUAACAUUAAGUGUGCCAAGGCAGUUGUGUCUGUGUGGGAGAAGGAUGUGUCUCUUUGUUGUCGUCACCAUAAAGGGUUGUUAGAAAAUGAAAAUAAACAUCAAUCUGACGUCUUUAGGUGGGUCACAGAGAAAGGUGUGAUGACACAGGAAUUGAUGGGGGUUUUUUUUAGUUGGAUAAGUACUUUAAAAUUCCUAAAAAGUGUUUUGGUUUAAAAUUUAAAUAAAAACAUGACCUAUGCCAUCUGUGUGAUCAAAGCUUUUUUUUGUCAAUACAGUACCGGUAUUUUGGCCUGCUUGAUGGGCUUCUUGUCUUGUUUUCAGGCGUGAAUUGGAUCUGUUCGCCAAUGUAGUCUGGGUGAAAAGUUUGCCUGGCUUCACAACGAGACACAACAACUUAGACUUUGUUAUCAUUCGUGAACAGACAGAGGGGGAAUACAGUGCUUUAGAACAUGAGGUCAGUAGAAUCAUGGGAUUAUAUGGCUUUAGAAGAUGAUGUCAGUAGAAUCAUGGGAUUGAUUAUAUGACUUAAGUACAUGAGGUCAGUAGAAUCAUGGGAUUGAUUAUAUGGCUUUAGUAGAUGAUGUCAGUAGAAUCACGGGAUUGAUUAUAUGGCUUUAGUACAUGAUGUCAGUAGAAUCACGGAUUGAUUAUAUGGCUUUAGUACAUGAUGUCAGUAGAAUCACAGAUUGAUUAUAUGGCUUUAGUACAUGAUGUCAGUAGAAUCACGGGAUUGAUUAUAUGGCUUUAGUACAUGAUGUCAGUAGAAUCAUGGGAUUGAUUAUAUGGCUUUAGAACAUGAGGUCAGUACAAUCAUGGGAUUUGGUGAAAUGUUUUCAGAGAUAUCUAAAUAUGUAACAAAGUUUUGCUUUUUUAAUAUCUUACGUGGCAAUCAUUUCUCAGAGUAUACCUGGUGUGGUGGAGUCUUUAAAAAUUGUAACAAGAAAGAACUCCAUGCGUAUUGCAAAGUUUGCAUUCGACUAUGCCAUGAGACACUCGCGCAAGAAGGUUACAGCUGUCCACAAGGCAAAUAUCAUGUAAGUCAUUUGGUAGUCAUUUUGACUGGUUAUUAUUCCUAGGGCCAAUGCGGUUUCUUGUCUUUGCUAGACAUAUUACCCUCAAGGGUAACUAAUGGAAAUUCUCCUUUGAUUUGGUCAUUAAGGUGAAAUCUGCUGGUAAUAUCUGGCCACAUUUGUAUGGGUUUAUAAAUAUAAAUGGCUUCAUUUGUAAUUUGAUCAACAUAUCUGUAAAAUCUAAAAGAAUUGUUACCUCCUUUUGGAUUUUACUUCACUUAACAUGUUUGUGUGGCCUUUUUUUUUUUAAUAUAUUCUUUUUUUCCCAUGGGGGCUUGUGGAAAAACGUACAUUCUUUAAGUUUAUUUUAAUUAUCUUACAUUAUUAGCAUUUUACCCUUUUUUUUGUAUGGGUUUAUAAAUAUAAAUGGCUUCAUUUGUAAUUUGAUCAACAUAUCUGUAAAAUCUAAAAGAAUUGUUACCUUCUUUUGGAUUUUACUUCACUUAACAUGUUUGUGUGGCCUUUUUUUUUUUAAUAUAUUCUUUUUUUCCCAUGGGGGCUUGUGGAAAAACGUACAUUCUUUAAGUUUAUUUUAAUUAUCUCACAUUAUGAGCAUUUUACCCUUUUUAUAAGGACUUCUAUUAACAUAAAGAUGAUCUCAGAUGGUGUCCACUUUUUACUUUUCUUUUGUUAAUCCAUGGCUUAAUUUAAAUAUGAUUAAAAUCUCUACAUCCCUAUUCAUUUGUUUAUCUAUGGCUAUAUUAAAGAUGAUUGAAAUCUCUACAUCCCUAUUUCAAGACUUAAACUCUUUCUUUUGGCCUAUGCUGAGAAGCAUCUUUAGGGCUGUGUAAGUAAUAACUGAAGAGUGGCAUCAUCUUGUUUUCAAAAAUAGGUUAACUGCGAAAAGCCGAAGGAUGUUGUUGAUUUAAUGUUUACUGAUUUUUAACAUUUCAGGAAGUUGGGGGAUGGACUGUUCCUUCAGUGCUGCUCAGACAUCUCCAAGUUGUAUCCGAAGAUUGAGUUUGAGACAAUGAUAAUUGAUAACUGUUGUAUGCAGGUAAGUUUAUUUGCCAUGUCUCUAAAAUAGUGUGUGGGNGGGGGUGUCAAUCAGAGCCCUUUUGUUGCAUAUAACUGGAUUUUACAGGUUAUUAUUAUUUAUUAUUGUUAUUAGUGGUCUCAUAUAGCGUCGUACCACAGCCUAGGGCUGGCCUCACCCCACUGUACAAAAAAGUUUUAGCAAACAUGGUCAUGAAAUUAAAAAAUAAUAAACAUUUAUUUAAUUUAACCAAAAAAAAAAACUGAAUAAAAAUUAAAAAAACACAAAUAUAUAUUCACCACACCCACCCCAGACUUUUAAAUGUCAAAGUAUGGAUGGCACCCAGCAGCAUCAUUUAUCGGUCAUAGGUAACUCACAGUAUGACAAACAUACAUAGCUAGCAAUAAUCAUAUUAUUCAUAACCAGUCAUAAUGGUGUGGUAUAAUAAGAUUGAACAGCAAUGAUGAUUAAUUAUAAAAAUAGAUACAUACUGAGUAUCCAAAGGGAAAAAUAAAGUAACCUGUUCAUGAUAUAUAAUUAUUACAUAAGUUAUGCUGUGGAGUUAAGCUUAUAUGAGGUAUGCACAGAUUUGUCUAAUGCAUUCUCCACCGCCCAACUAGCAGAGAGAAAGAGAGGAUGGGUUACAUGUUGGUCACAGGAGGGUCACUCGCCGUGCAUGAGUGACCAGCCAGAAGUUAGGGCCCAGCAGACACCUUUUUGCUACUUUUAAAUUCAGUAUGUGUGAAUGUGUUGUAGUAUAGCCUGGCGUUAACCCCACAGUGAUACCCAGAGAGUUUGUUACAUUAUUACUAUUAAGUGGCAUCAUGCCUGAAUUAUUAUGUCAUUUCUCCCUUCUGCCAUUUUUCUCAUCUCUUCUUCUAUAAUUAUCCCAUAUAUUCACCAUUGUCCCCUGCAUCAUUCUCACCACAUUACGCCCUGCUCAAUAAUUCCCUUGUCUACCAUGACUGGCUUGAAUUCCCCAGUUGGUAUCCAACCCCUAUCAGUUUGAUGUGAUGGUCAUGCCCAACUUGUAUGGCAACAUUGUGGACAACCUUGCUGCUGGCCUAGUGGGUGGUGCUGGUGUCGUACCCGGUGAAAGCUACAGCUCAAAUGUUGCAGUCUUUGAACAGGUAACACAUCAUCAAACACAUCCUCUGUUAGAGCUACUGCCCCUGAGUCACCUCUACAUUGCUUAUUCAGUAAUGAAAUGUUACUGCUAGCGAGUUUGAACAUUAGAGGUUGUUGAAAUUUUGCAAACCUCAUCAUUUUAUUUUCAGUCUCUGCUAGUCUGCUGAAAAUUUAAUUAGCUGUUGUUCUUAAGAUCAUUUCUACUGUAGCUUUUAUAUUUCUUGUAUGGUACAUAAAAACAAUGGGAUAUAGAAUGUUUUUCUGUCAUCAUCAUGACCCUUAGUCCUUGGACAGUUGGGGCCCCACAGAUGACAUGAAAACUAUCCUUCUUGAUUCCUCUCUGUUUUCUUAACUUCACACAGCAUCGCCUAGUUUUAGUUCCGUCCACUCUUUGAUGUUGUCUUCCCAUCUUUUUCGUUUUUCUGUAAGAAUUAGUAAUUUUUAAAAUAAAUUCAAAUUUGAUAAUGUUCCAUACAAAAAUAUUAAAUUUUGAGGGGAGUAAGGUGAUUAAUGUAUUUGUUACAACUGAAAAUGAUCUUGAUCAUGUUAUAAAUAUGAAUUUAUCUAUGUUCAGUUCAACAAGGAAUUGUCCGUACUAAAUGAACGCCACCUGUACUGUCAUGAUGUCAGUACAAUAAAUAUCAGCUAUACUGUCAUGAUGUCAGUACAAUAAACAUCAGCUAUACUGUCAUGGUGUCAGUUCAAUAAACAUCAGCUAUACUGUCAUGAUGUCAGUACAAUAAACAUCAGCUAUACUGCCAUGGUGUCAAUUCAAUAAACAUCAGCUAUACUGUCAUUGUGUCAGUACAAUAAACAUCAGCUAUGGUGUCAGUACAAUAAACAUCAGCUAUACUGUCAUGGGUCAGAAUUGCUUACAUAAUGUUGGAAUCAUCAGUUUUUGCUUAUAAAUAAUGAAUUUUAACAUUUCCCACUAACUGGACAGUGUUAUAGACUCAGUGUUAUAGACUCAGUGUUAUAGACUCAGUGUUAUAGACUCAGUGUUGUAGACUCAGUGUUGUAGACUCAGUGUUAUAGACUCAGUUUUAUAGACUCAGUGUUGUAGACUCAGUGUUAUAGACUCAGUGUUAUAGAAUCAGUGUUGUAGACUCAGUAGAGACUCAGCAUUAUAGACUCAGAGUAAUAGAAUCAGUGUUCGAUACAAAUAUUUCACUGCAAUUUGUUGAUGAUACUUGCCUGCAUCGAUGUAGUGAAAUUCACUCUUGAUACAUUUUAAAGCUGGAUAAACAACUUGUGAUUGCUGGUUGUGCUAAUUUCAACACUGCUCAUCAUAUUGCAGGGUGCCCGCCAUGCCUUUGCUGAGGCUGUAGGUAAGAAUAUAGCCAACCCCACAGCCACCCUGCUGGCUUCUUGUAACAUGCUCAACCACAUCCACCUAGAAUAUCACUCGAAACUUAUACAAGAUGCCGUCCUGAAAGUAAUCAAAAGUGGGAAGGUAAGGGACAGAAUUUGUUGUCUUCAAAUCCUUGCAUUACACAGAGUAAACUACAGUCAAUAUUUAAACUUAGUCAACGAAACACUUUAAUGCUUAGCAGAAGGGAAUUAUUUGAGUAACAAUCUCUCACAAUGCUGUGUGUUUAUUAAAUUGCUUUUUUACACAAUAUUGGUUCAGAACCAGUAGUGUGCUGGAGCUGGUUCUUGAAAACCGGCUGUUAAAUUUGGACUAUUCUACCAAACCUGUUGUUAAAAAUUUUUGUUAAAAAUAAAAAUAAUAUAAAAUUAUACAAAUAAAUUGUGCCCAACCUGUUACUGCUUGACAUCACAGCUCUAAACAAAUUCACUUUUUUUCCUUCAAAAUUUUAAUUGAACAAAUGUUUGUUUCCAUUAUUGGUUAUGAAAUAGUCUAAAAUGUAUUUGUUGUGUUAGCCUCUAAUAAAGGAGUGUGCUCUUUCCAGGUGUGCACUCAAGACAUGGGAGGCUACUCCAGCACCUCAGAUUUCAUCCAUGCAGUAGUGAAUAGUCUGCCUUGAAGGAGCAGCCAACGUGAUCUAGUGAUCUACAUUUCUUUGAUAUUGUCUGUGUGUGCCAUGGCCUUCAUGGACGUCUGAACAGUUCACUAAUCUCAACUGGAUCUGUCCAUAGCUAUUGGUAUGACAGGAGUUUAGAUGGUUUUUUAUUGACAUAACACUGAUAAUUGUGUUGUUGUUGUUGGGGUAUGUGAGAGAAUAUGAGGUAUGUAUGAUCAACUUACAAGGACUGAGUAUGCGUAUAUUGUGACAAAAAAAUAUUAAAUAUAAAUAAAAUUAGAAACUGUCCUAGUUGCAAUUUGGUUUCUGUUUUGGAAAUUGCCUAGACUUCACGUUUUAAAUUACUUUAAUGUUACAAUUAAGCAACUUUUGUUGUUUUUUUAACCAGUAAGCUAAUCCUGAUAUUUUGUAUAUUAUUAAUCACUCUGGAUGAGAACAGCCAUACCUUGUAUGCUCCCAAAUAUUGGUAUUUGCUUACAAAAAUGGUUAAACACUCAGAAUUUUUUACAAGCUCAUACCUGGAAAACAAUAUUUUUAAAUUCCAUGUUUGGUAAUCUAUAAUCAUAAGAUGUGGAAUUAGUUCCCCUUGUCUAGUCAUAUUAUAGUGCAGUGGUUCUUAACCUUGUUGGAGGUACCAAACCCCACCAGUUUCACAUGCGCAUUCACCGAACCCUUAUUAAUAGGAAAAAUAAAAUAUGAUUUUUUUUUUCUGAUUUUUUUUUGGGCCUCCGCCGAACCCCUGAGACUGGCUCACCGAAACCCUGGGGUUCGAUCGAACCCAGGUUAAGAACCACUGUUUCAGUGUAACAAUAGAAAUCUGUGUGUGCUCUUUAUUUUCUACUCUACGUGAAUCUCUCAUUGUUACAGCUCUUUUAUUAGCCAUGCAUGGGUUUAGAAUUUGGGCAGAGUUAGGCUCAGGUGGACAUGGAGAAAAACUUUGCUGUGUUCUUCUGUGGAAAGCUGCUUUGUCAGAUUUUUUUUUUUUUCACUUUGAUCCCAAAAUUUAACUUGAUCUAACCUUUGAGUGAUGCAAACAUGAUUCUUAGAUUCAUUUUUAUUUUAAAAACUGUUGCAAGCGAUGGUCAGCUUAAGCCUUUGAAUAUGUGCUAUUCAAUGCUGUUGACUUUUUUUUUUUAAAUUCACUUCUAGAAGUGUAAUUUUCGCUCCCCUUCUGAGACCGCUGAAAGAUGGCCAAGGAUGCAUUCAGGGGCAGAGGGGGAGCUAACUCAAAGUUUGUGGCAUAGAUUUUACACUCUUCAUUGUUUUAAAACCUGUUUUUAAGAAAUAAAAAAAUGUUUAAAUAAAAUUCGAAACAAUUAUUGCUGCAUGUAUGUGACAUAAAUUAUGUAAUUCCUUCCCACAAUAAUGUAUUCUUAUUAUUUAUUUCAAGGGAAUUACUGAUAUUAUAUGCACAUGGUGAUGUACAAUGUCUUGUAUCAUUUUUAAGUAGGUGUACUGUUAGGCUCAUACUAAUUGAAAUAAAUAUGAUGUUAUGAACGUACACAUCACGUAUAUCACUGUCUCAGGUGGUCGACAUGUUGCCUGUUAGUUGGAGAAGCUCUUGCAUGGAUGUCUUAACAUGACAUUGGGAGGGUGGAUGAGGAUCUUUUAAGCUCAUAAGUUAUGCUUGGAAACGCUUGAAAAUAAUUCAUAUCACACUACAGAUAGCUACUUCGAUCAGGAAUAGUAACUAGCUGUAGCUCACC